UUAUUUUAAUUCAAAUUUGACAAAUAACGAAAAUAACUUUCGUUAUAGUAUAACUAUAGCUUUUGUUCCAGUUUUAUAUUUUAUCCGGAUUAUAGUUGUUUUUGAAGUAAUAAAAUAUAUUUUUUCUUAAUUGUGAAUUAUGUCGGAUGAAGAAUUUAGUUCAGAUGAUAGCGUCGUUUUCCAACCUCCAAUCAAAACGAAACAAGAGGCCAUAAAAAGAAUUAAAGGGUACUCUCCUGACACAAUUGAUAGAAGACAUUCAUCUAUUUGCAGGUAUCAGUAUUUAGAUAAGACAUCAACAUCAAGUGCUUCUGAAUAUGUCACUUGUGACACCAUGGAAUUUAGUUCAGAGACCAGAAGUCUUGAGGUUCAUGAGUCUUCCCAAUCAUCCUCUGAAUCGGCCUCAAAUAAUAUUAUUGAAAUAUCAGAUGAUGACAGCUCAGAUAAUGCAGAUUCCAAAAAAAUCAUAGAAAACAAACAAAUUGAUACUUCAGAUCUACUAGAUCACACUUUUGAAGAGUUGGAAUUGCUAAUGAGUGAUGGGCUUGAUUAUGUCAUGCCUCAUAAGAAAACAACAGACAUUACUAAUUCCACUGAAGAUUUAUCAUCAAACCUCCAACAUACAAGCAUAGAUGAUAAAUAUGAAGACCCUUAUAAAAAUUUACCAGAAAGAAAAAUUUCUAGUCCAAUUUCUGGAUCUUUUUUGACUAAUGAAGCAAAUGAAGAUUACUAUCCAGCUUUACAGACUAAAAGUUAUUCGAAAUCAGCUCAAAAAGUUGAAAAUAAACCUAAAAUAGGCCAAAAAAUGCCAAUGUCAGUGGGUAAAUCCUUAUUUAGAUAUGGUGAAUCAAAAAUUAGGCCUCCAGUAGUAAAUGCUAAGGAAUUGUUUGGAAAAAAUAAGGAUAUGAGAGAGCCAGCUUUCAAGGUACCAGCAAAGCCUGCAAAGAGCCCGUUAAGACCAAAUUUGAAAAACAUCGUAAGUCCGGUGGGAAUAUAUAUAAAACACUCGCCGAAAUAUUGCCCAUUAAUAAAAGUACCCGCAAACGAAAGACUACACAAAUCUCCUUCACUUCUUCCCAAAACGCUUUAUCCCUCUACGGCGUCAUCUUUAAAAGAAAACAUUCCUUCCCAGCAUUUUGUGAAUAUGGAAAUUCCCUCCGUGAUUUAUAAACCAGCGAAAACCCGAAUAGAAACUGUAGUGCGGGAAGUAAAUUUACCAGACAGCAUUAAAAAGUUGGUAAAACCAGAAGUUGUGACUAGGCAUAAGAUGCGUAUUAAUAAUAAGGUUGAUGAAUCGAUCGAGCGGAGACUGAUGGAGUCGGAUCUAUCGAUCGAUACAAGUAACGUCAGUGAUUUUGGAGAUGUUUCAGUGGUGACGCAUAAACAACCCUUUAGGAGUGGACGAUAUUAAGAUAACUUUUUUUUUGUUUUAUUAAUUUUAUAUAAUUUUAUGGUAUGUAUGUGAAAAUAAAUGACUAUUUUUUUAUAUUAAUUUAAA